GAACUCCAUCCAGGAAGCGCUUCAUUGCUGGCUGACCUGAUUUGCAUCUUGGGUACACAAGCUCUAUCCAAUUAUUGCUGUUACUUAAAAAUUUGUUUUAUUGUUAUGUAGUCCUGCUUCAGACUGCAGUGUUUUCGUGAUUGUGUUUGCUGUGUUUCUGCUCCCCUCUAUGUACCCUAUGGUUCCCUUUGGUGUCUUCAUAAUCCUACAGAUGUCGAAAGUCAAUGUGAGGAGGACAAGCCAAACAGAGAGAGGUUCUUGUCACUGGUGGCAGCUUCAGUGGUAGGUAUCUGUUUCUUUUGUCACAUAAUUUUUGAAAUAUGGUUGGCUCCAAGAGUAGGCUAGCCUGCUAAUACAGCUGGUCUCUCCUCACUCCUCUCUGCUAAGGAUAUUUUGCCAAGAGAGACGUCUGUGCCUCAGCAACAGAAAUUCCAUGCUGAUGACUUAAAAUCUGUCUGGAAUCUGGUCAGGAGCUCUGAUCGGUCGAUGUAGACUGUAGUUAUAUUGUUUUAGGUAUUGUUUACAAAUGACAGACAAAAGACAAAUGGUUACAAAGGUCAAAUGUAAACACCGUGAAUCUGCUAAAAAACCAGUCAAUAUUUGUGGUAUAUAUUCUUCUUUAGAAAAAGCAUUUGAAUUUUUCUAGAGUUCGUUUGCAAAAGAAGACAAAACUUUACCAUAAUCGACCAGGAGAAACAUCAAUUAGAUAAAUUUACAUUCAAUACCCCAUGAUUACUAGAUUGUGUAAACAUUGAUUUAUGUCAUCAGUAUAGAAUUUCUGUUGCCAAGACAUACCUCUAUAUUUGUCAUUAUUAUGUUGUUAUAUGAACCAUGGAAUCCAGGCGUUUAAUUACCUCAUUGUUAGAAGAGAUGUUUGUAGAAGCAAAGUAAAAUGAUAUCAAGAAUUUCCUAAGUGUUGUUUCAAAAACAAAAUGUUGACCAUCUUUUAUUUGAAUCAUCACACAUUGGUAAUAAGUCAUAUUUUCUGUGUAGAGCAUGAUAAUAAGCAACAGAACGGAAAACUUCUGCAAACUUUUGGGUCAAAUCCACUGACUUGAGUGUAUAGUACUAUAGGCUGUCAUAAUAAAUAUGAUGGCUUUUUACUGAUUUAUCACCCUUGAGUUGGCUGAUUUCCUUAUUCAAAGGUUUGAAAAAGUCACGUUUGUAACAUUACUUACAUGCACUUUUCAGAUCAGUUUAAGUUUCUGGGAAACCGUCCACCUACCCCUCCCCCAAGCCAACAUUAAGACCCACUUCCCACUUAGGGCAAAAUGUUGGCUUAGGAGAGGGGUAGCUGGGCAGUUUCCCAGAUAUCUAACUUGAUCCCACUUUUUUAAGGGAGUUGUUCCAGAAGCUCUUCUCAAGGAACGCCUGGAUGUGGAGACGCUGGACACCCUGGGAAUAAUACAGUCUCAGAAAGCCUUCAAUCAGAAAUACGUCAGGACCAAGACUAAGCUUUUGUGUGUAUAUUUUCUUGAUAUUUUUUAACUUUAAUUUGAAAGGAAAACAAAUCUCAGCUAUUUGUCUUGUUGUCUGUUUGGCUGCUUCUAAAUUUUUUUCAGCUUCAUGAAACCCUCAGUUGCCAUUAACCCUUUUAGCCCCAAUAUCCACAUACAAAUUCUCCAGACUGAUCUCUAUGCAUUUCCUGAAUGUGUUGAGGGAAUUUGACAAAAGAUCAAAGCAUUUUCUUUUUGGUGAUCAUUUUAUUAAUUCUCAUAACCUAAUCUCAUGACAAUGUAUGGGCAUCAUUAGGAGAAAAUUGAUUUUGGUCACCAUUGGGACUUAAAGGGUUAAAAGACCUUUUGCAUUAGUUGAUCACAUGAUCAACUUGUGCCUCCCGGUCACGCUUGAAUGGUUUUCCAUACUAGUAAAUUUUGAAAUUUUCAAAUUGUCUUGAAAUUUUUCCUUAAGCAUAACUGGGCUCAAAUCUCCUUUUAAUUCAUAACAAACAAUUUGAGCUGUUAAAUGCAUAAGGGAAGGAUUUAACAACAGUUUAUAAAUUUCAGAAUUUACAAGGAAUUGUAUAGUGAAUACAUGAGAGAGAUGAUUUAUCAGUCAGUGAUGCAGGCUACUCAGUACUCUACGCUGUUAUUGUCUUGUUGAGAUAGGAUUUUGAAUACUUAACUUUUGAAUACUGCUAAAUAAACUGCACUUUGCUUUUGCUGUAGCUACAAGCAACAGAAAUUUAAUCUUUUGAGAGAGGAGAGUGAGGGAUAUGCUAAACUGGUCACGGAAUUGGGUCAGGAGAUAAGCCGACAUGUUACCAGUGCCAGAGCACUGGAGAAUAUUAAAUCUUUGAUUGGUAAGAAUGACGAAUUCCAUUGACUUUAGGAAUAUUUACCUCGAUUUCGAAGAAUAAUUGUUAAUUAUUCACCCACAGCCCGAUGUGAAUAGUCUGAAAGUAGGCAGUAGGAAAGAAAGGGGGAAGAAAUGCUAUGAUUUCAAAGAUGCAUUUUCUCCAUACUAUUCUGCAUACAAUUCCUGUCUUGUUGAUGAAAACAAUUUGUUCAACAAUCAAGACUUUCUUUUUGUAGUGAUCAUUUCCCGUAUUCUCAUUGACCUCUAUGUUGGAUAAAGCAUUGAUAAAUUAUGGAGAAAUAAGAUGCUGGUCAGGGUUUUGAGGGUGCACUGAUACCCCUGUUAGACUGAUACCUCCCUAAAAUUGACACUUAGCAAGGCUGAGCUCUAAGGAAAAUUGAAGGGUGCCAAGUGCCCUGAACCUGUAAAAUCUAGAGUGCCCAGCAUAUGAUUUGUAUGAAAAAUCUGAGAUUUUCUAGUCGCCCAGGUGCAAAAGUUGGGCGCCAGAGGCCACUGGGCUCUGCUAGAGCACAGCCCCUACCAUCCAGUCAUUUUACUUCACUCUUUACAAUCUGGAACAUUUCUGAGAUGAAUAGUUAGUAGCAACACCAACAGAGUUGAUUGUCAAAAUAUGGUCUCGCGCAAUAAAUGUAUACUUUUUUAUCCACAGGUCGUUUUAACUUGGAUCCCAACAAAACUCUUGAUGUACUUCUUGAUUCAUUUGAAUGCCGCAUAGAUUUAGAGGACUUUUUUCUUCCGCUUUUAAAAUCCUACAUGGAAAAAUGUGAAUCCACUGCUCUCUGCCAUAUAAUGGGAUUCAAAUUCCAGUUUUACAAGGUAUGUGGACCGGGUUUUGUCAAAAUAUAAGGCACUUAAGUGCUCCAAGCCCAACUAUUGUAAAUCUCCCUUUGGUGACGUAAAAUUCUAAAAUGUCACCAGAAGAAUAUGACACUUAAUGCUUCAUUACAUGAAUGGUUUGAAGAACAGUUGAACCCUGCUUUACAGACACCCGCUUAAUACAGGCACCUCAUUAUAUUUCUUGCUAAUGUGUAUUUCACUUAAUUAAUUUCAUAAAGAUCAUCAACACAACUAAUUAAGCCCCUAUGGCUUGCCACUUGAUCACUGAACAGGUGUCACAAAUUUAGAAACUCUCACAUCAGUUUUACUUGCCAAAUGUUUUUUUACUUGCUAUGUAUGGUGACCAAAACUCAAUCACAACGUUGACUUAUGGUUGCUAAUUUUUCCCAGCUCAUUUAUAUGUAAAAAAAGAAAAGAAAAGAAAAAAAACGUCUUGGAUGAUUAGGAAACACUAAAAUCCCUGAUCAUCUGGGAUCUUCCAGAUGUAUGAAAUCAAGGCCUGUGUCUGUUUAAAAAUUUUUGUUUUCUUUUCAAGGAUCAACCAGAUUUGCCUACUCCUCCAUCACUUUAUCAUUUAACAGCAUUGCUUAUGAAGCAUUCUCUACUGUCCCUGGAUGAUUUGUAUCUUUAUGUGAGUAAAGCCAUCCUUUUAUUCCUUAUAGUGGCUCAAAUAAAUUUUAAAUUUCUUGUUGUAAAAUCUGUAGAAAUAAAUCGCACUAUGCAAAAGUUCUGCCUAAGAGUUUUCAAUUGAAUGGUAACACCAAAGGAUUUUAUCCACAGAUUUAAAAGCUGUGUAAAAAUCAUGUCAUAACUAAUUAGUCUAGGGGUUAAAGGGUUAGAAACAGUUGUAAAAUGAGGUACUGUAGCAUAACUUUCUUCAUGUUUACGGUCUUGUAACUGUACCAUAUUUUUGUUCAGUAAUUUUUUGUGUAAUUUUUGCCUUUUUAUGCACAUCCAUUUUUCCUGCUUAUGAGACACCCUGUACAUGUAUGUUUUCCAGUUGAGUCCAUCAGAUGCAGACAUAGCUACAAGUAAUACAACAAAAAUGGAUGAGGCAAAGCAAGAAGCAAGAAAAAUGAAUAUGGCAGUGUUGGCUGUAAGUUUACAAACAGUGCAAAGUUAGUCCUGAAUGUUGGGGAAUAUUGACCUCUAGAAGGCAUGAAGUUGGGACACGCCAAAGAGCCAUUGAUAACUGUAGGAAAUAUAGAAUUUUUUUAUCCUCAAAUGGUGGUUUAAAUAAAAAUCUUUGACAGGUUGCAAAGAAAAUCAUUUUUACAGCUUGCCAUUCGGGCAAGCUUAAGCUAGCAUUUACUAGCGCAGACGUCAUUUCAACUAGCCUCAGAUGCUUUUUGACGAGCAGAAUUGAUUUCAUAGUUCUUCUGUUAUUCGAAUUGGUCAAGAAACAUCACUUGCCUGUUGAGCAAGUGAACAACAGAAUUCACUAGCCCGAUAGAGGAUAGCAAAAAUGAUGGCAUGGUUUUUUCUUUGCCCUGUUUGAGAUAAUUUUGAUUUUUGCUGAUGAGGAUUAAAGUGAUGGCAUUGUUUUUCUGCCCUAGAAAUUUUGUCCUUGAAUAGAGGUGCUGUACAUUGUAAUUGAUAUCUGAUUAUUUAGCCUUUCUAACACUCUAACAUCUGUCCAUUUGUUGUCUGAAAGGAAAUUGCUGCUGCAAACAAUGAAGAAAGUAACAAAGAAAACAGUAAAGAAAAUGAUAAGCCACAAAUUGUAAGUACCGUUACUGGUUUGAUAAUAAAUUCAUGGCCUUGGUUGUCUAAGUCUUCAUCAUAAGACUGAAGAAACAGCACAGUGCACAUUAAAGUUCAUAUGCUCUGUUCCAUUCUCAUCUCUGUGGUUUGUCUACAAUUCAGGCACUUACCACAAGGAGGGAAAUUGGCACCGUGAAUUCUAGAACUUUUUAUCUAAUAGUUGAUGGUGCCUAUACUAGAAUGCUUUCCACAGUACUAAAUGUUUCUUGGAUGGAUCACAUUACCGAUGAAGAUCUGUACGGUCACCUCCUUAAAGUUUCUAGCAAGAUCAGGGAAAGACGAAUGAGGGUAGCUGGGCAUUGUGUUGGACACAAAGAGGAGGAGCAAGGCUGUGCUCUAACAAAAAUUGAACGGAGCCCAGUGCUCUGAACUUGUGAAAUCCAGGGUGCCCAGCAUAUGAUUUCUCUUCUAGAGCACAGCCUUGAGGAGGCAUCAAAGCUUGUGUUGUAGCAGCCACAACACGGACAAACUAAGAGAGGAAGACCUAAGACCAUAAUUAUACAUACUCACUCUGCUUGAAGACACUGGGUUCACCACUAUCGGAGAGCUGGCGCUUGAUCAAACUAACUUACCUAAAUUGUUAAUGAUUUUCAUGUUUUUUUCUGCAGGCACCAGAUAAUCAGAAAUUUGGUGUAUGUGAAGCACUAUUGAUGGUAGGAGGAUGGGAUCAAGCGCGCUCAGUACUUGAAAGACUACCACAGUUUGCUGCUGUCUCACAUCCUCCUAUAUCCAAAGCAUUGUGCAAGUUGAUCCAUACCACAAUUGAACCACUCUACCGCAGGUUAGUUUUGUCAUGUUGUUUUAUUUUAUGUAUCUAUUUUUUUAAUUUGCAACACACACACAAAAAUUACAAAUAAUAUAAUAAAUUGAUAGUAAAAUAAUAGUAGGAAAAAGAAGUGGUGAAGUGAGGGGACCUAGCAGUAAUGAUAGGAGCUUAUGAGAGAUUAGGCUCUCCUUGUUUUUGUAUUUACUUAGAAGUUCAAUCUUUAGUGUUGAUCUUUAAUAUUUUUGCAGUUUAAAGGUCAACAAGAAAUUGUGGUUCAAGUGGCAUGAUUUAUAGAUGGAAAAUAAUAAAAUAUUGCAUGGAAAAUUUUAUAGUGUUGUAUGAUAUCAGUACUUAUUUUGUGUAUACAGUAUUGUCACUAAGAUUUAGUUUAAUGGAAGUGUUAGGCGGGGAAUCAAGAGCAAGGGAUUUCUUUUGGUUCUUUUUCUUCUAUUUGCCUAAAAGUAGCGGGGACCCUAGCCAGGAAACCCCCGGCCCCGGCUCUUGUGACAAUUUGUAUAUUUUAUUUUGCACUGGGUAGAGCCUAAUUAAUGGAAGUGUUAAGAAAGUAGAGUUGUGCUCUUGUAGUUCCUAGUGACCCCUCCCCACAUUUGUGAUUUAUAAAGUUUCAUGGUUAACAGGCUAGUGUUUUCAUAACUUAACAGACUUUUUCCUCUCUACAUUUGUCUAUAAAUAGAAUGGCUGGUGUUUGACAACAGAUGGGUCCCUUACUUAGUGUGUAAAAAGCACACAUAAAAAAAUAUGUGCCAAGACUUUGUGUCCAUGACUGUAUGUAUUUUACCGUUUUUUAGGCAUUCUUCAAAGGCAGCCCGUGGACGCCCCUACGCUCCAGUCCCAGGGGGGCCACCUCAGUGUAAAGCCUUCACUGAUUUGCCACACUGUGUAUUUCCAAUGCUGAUUCAUCUUGGCCCUCAUCUGUCAAGUGAUCCUAUUCUCAUGGCUAAGAUUCUUCGGAUUAGUAAAGGCUUCAUGAAAGACGUAAGGCAAUUUUUAGUUUAAUCGCUUUUUAAAGAUUCAGUGAGGAAAUAGCCUGUGCCACAGAUGGAACUAAACCUUGAUUUAUUUAGUAACUUCUGUGAAACAGCAUGGAAAUCCUUAUUCUGGGUCCUCACCUAUUUACCAGGAUUUGAGUACGUGCCAUGAUAGGCCUGUUAAAACAGCCGUUGUCGAUUUUCCAAUCAGGUUGAAGGGAAUUUUAAAACCCACUUCCAGUAAUUUAUUAAGUUUGUUGGAAGCCCAGAACAAGGAUCUCGGCACUGCUUCACAGAGGUUACUAAUCAGGGUUACAUUACAUCUGCGACACACUCUAGAUAAUGAGGAAAGAACUCUUGAAAAAUUUUUAUGUUUGAGGUUUUUCUGGUCCAUAUUCAGUAGAUAAUGAUGUUACAGUGAUUUUUACUUAGUGUCCUCAAAUGAUGUUUAAUCAAAAUCUUUGAUAGUCAUGAAAACAAAUUUGACUGAUGAGGAAUAACUUACUGUAACUACUGACUCUAGUCUCAUUUACGUGAAAUCCUGAUGAGUCUCUGUUCUUGUCAUUAGUAUCCAAAUGUAUUUGAAGACAAGGAGCAGCGUUCAUUGCAGGUACACGUCAUUCUUUAGUGUUACUUCUAUGGAGAAUCAAACCUAUGUAUUAUUUAUCCCAACAGUGUUGUGCUAGAGGAAAAUUCAUUGAAGGGCUAUCAUGUUAAGUUGUUGGGCUAAAAAGUUGGCUUAUCAUUUUCUUGUCUGGUCAUCAUGUAUGACAGCAGAUAGGUUUUCAUUUGACUUUGGGCAUAUUUCAGUUCAACAUUGUCCGACAACAAAUUGUUAUUGUUUUUUUUUGUAGCAAUUUUGUUUAUGAGUAUGUGUUUUGCUGAUAAAUAUGUAUUAUGUCCACAUUGCUAUGCUUGUGAUGCUCGCCCUUAGAUAUUCUGCACCUUUAAUGAUAAUAAAAAAUAUGAUAAUCUUUAAAUUACAGGUUGAGAAAGUUUGGUGUGGUCUUCUAACACUGGUAGAUGAAGUUCUUCUGCCCUCAAUUUCAUUACUGGAAUGUAACUCUAGUUUAGCAGAGGAACUGUGGGCCAUGAUGUGCCGCUUUCCUUAUGAGCUUAGGUGAGUCAACCCAUGCACAAUACCAUCAGUUAUAGGCGUAUUAUUACCAUUGUUUCAUUCAAAUCUGCUUUGCAAAUUUAAAGAAAGAGGAAUUUUUUCAGGAAACAAUCACAGAACAUCAAUGUCUUUCAUGUUAUAUGGUGUACAGUAUUUCCUUGAAUAAGCACCCACCCCAAGGCUAAUAUAUCAAGUAAGGGUCCUCUUCUGAUAAGUGCCCCCCCCCUCCUCUUCCCCUCCCUUUCUUAAUGGUAGGGAUACAAGGAAAAGCAACAUCUAUGGCCACUCUGUUUUUUACCCUUUUAGGCUUUGACCCACAUCAGAAUCAGUAAAGGAAAAUAGUUUCUUUUGUGUCAAGUCACUCGCAGUUAUUUGUAUAUCCAUGUGCACUCUUGCAGAGUUCUAUUAUGUGCGUUAUCUCGUCUAUUAAUUUUUGUCCUGUUGUCUGUGCUCCUUGUAAAUGCUGUUAUCUUCCCAGGAAAAACUAAACCCUUCAGUAGUUUGUUUAUAAGGAAACAUUACAAGUGCCUCGCUCGAUGAAGUGCCCGCCUUCUAUUAAGUGCCCAUCCUUUUAAAAUAAAUUUGAAAUAAGUGACUGGGCACUCACUCAAGGAAAUACAUAUGAUUAUCCCUGUAAAUCAUACAAAUCAUUUCAACUUGAAACACUCUCUUUAAGUUUAUGGAAGUGUAGUUAUGUGCAUGAAUGGUGGGCUGGCUUUCCUCUCAUAGAGGAAAUCAGCUUAUUUGAUUAACCGUUCAUGCUGCAAGCUUCCAAUAUCAAGUGUGGGUCUCUCGUGCUGUGACUGGAGAAUACUGCCACUGCAUUCGUUCAUCCACAAACAUAUGCAGUUACUGUUCUUUAUAAGGAGCACCACAUUUCAGAUCUGUAGAAAUUGACACUUCAUGGUCUCUUAACUGACUAAUUGAUUUAGGUCUAAUUCUGUAAUAAAAUUGUUGUUUGCAUCAACCUGAAAUCAACUACAGUAGAAUGAAAUCCUGUACCUACACCUACAUAUGAAAGGUGUAACUUAAGUAGUAGUAACGUUUUUGUUGCUGUAGCGUCGUGUCCAAAAUGUUACUGGCAAUAGUAUAAUUUAUUGUUAGUUUCAAGAUGCAAAUUAUUUUGCAUAAAAAAUUAGUUAAGUGCAACAUGUAUCAAAUGUGUGUUUCUUUCUCUAGAUAUCGACUUUAUGGUCAGUGGAAGAAUGAAUCAUACAGCAGCCAUCCUCGACUGGUUUUGGCCAAAGCUGCAACAAUAAAGAGAGCAAAAUACAUCACAAAGUAAGUUGGUAUUUAAUUAAACAGCACCCAUGGGUUUAGUUAUUGCAGCGUGGAUAAUCAGGUGGUAUGAUUUUUAACUUUCUGUAUGGGUAAUUCCCUAGUCUGACAUUGCCUGAUAUUGCCUGUUUACAAGUGUGUGAACAAUAACACACUGGGUUGUAAAUAGUGGUUUUGCUCCAUCUGAGGUUACUUAACAUUUUUCCAGUUAAGUACAUACUAUGUGUUAUUUCGAUAUUAACUUUCUCUGGCUCUAGCUAUUACUGAAGUAACAGCAAGUCAUUGUUUUUUUUUUCUGAUCUGUUGGUAAAAUCACAUCACCAUCUGCACUGUAGUUGGCUCUAUGAGAACCAAUAAUUUACUCUCUUACUUAAACAAAUUUUUGAGGCACUCAAGAAGAGUUUUUACCUACCAGAAAAUUAACGUGCGUCAACUCUUUAAUCUGCCCUCAAAUCAUUCCUCUAGCCUGAAGUUUUGUUUACUGGAUAUUGACCACAUACAUGUAAGAGUUCUUGGUUCAGAAUGAGGAAAAACAUUAGUAACUGCUGUCAGUGUUGAUGUGACUGUGGUUUUUGUGUUGUAGGAGACUAACAAAAGAAAAUGUCAAACCAUCUGGAAGGCAGAUCGGAAAACUAAGCCACAGUAAUCCAGGAAUCUUGUUUGAAUAUGUGAGUUAUCAAACUUGUUGUUCUGCCACAUCUUAAAGUUGAAAACAAAGCAGGGCAGCAUCUUUGGAAUUUAUACAUCACAAGUUUUAUGUUUUGUAUGAUCAGCUUAAUUGCAGAACACCUGACCACUCAAAAGCUAUACCUCUAUGCUGGUAGCAGUCAAAUAACCAUGUAGUCGCAAAGCUGCAUAGCCAUAUGCUUUGUUCUUUAGGGCACUGCAGCACUUAAAGCCACAUAGUGGUGUAGCUGUUACACGUCAAAAUGAAAAAUCAGGGUAAAAUUUUUCAACCUAGGUCCUUUGUCUUUUGGCCCUAACUAUUAAUGACUUAGGGCUAGGAGACAAAAAAAAGGAGUAUCAACCUUGGUUAAAAAAAUUUAACCUGAAUUUAAUUUUGACUAGUAACAUAGCCACGUUGCUUUUGAUUGGCCAAGUAUUCUGCAGUUACUCCACGAAGGAUCUGGUUAUCAGACUAAAGGAUCCCUAAAAUUUGUUUUAUCUUUUUGGUUUCAGCUCCUGUCCCAGAUUCAAAAGUAUGAUAACUUCAUUGGCCCUGUUGUGGACUCGCUAAAGUACCUUACUCCUCUGGCCUAUGAUGUGUUAGCUUGUAUCCUUGUUGUUUAUGUAUUUGAUUUACAGUAACCAGUUGUAUUCAUGGGAGAAAUUGAAUGCUGGUCAGUGACAGGGCUCAAGGGCUUGAAAACCUGCUGCCUACUACGUAUUUAUACAGUUGACUCUAAAAUGUACAUCAUUAGGACUGGCAUUAAAUACCACCUAUCAACCGAGAGUGAGGUCAUUACAGGGAAAUCUCAGACUGGGGUCAAUACAUCAAGGCGAAGUCUGAGAUUUUCCCAUAAUGAUUGAGUGGACGAGGUUAAUAAGUAAUCUCUUAUAUGCCUAAACACUGGAAGUAAUUUUCAACAUCCCCUUACGAGCUUACUAGGUCAUUCAAGGUCAUGUUCAGUGAACUGAAACAAACCAGGUGAUGCAAUCGAAACCACAAGGCACAGUUUCUUUGACAAUGAGACAAUUUUUGUCUUUAUUACAUCAAGAUCCAGGCCAAAUUUAACCACUUUAAAAAAAAUUCAUAAUGCUUGGUCAUUACAAGAAAAUCUUGCUGGCUCAGCAGCCAGUCAGAGAGCACAUACUACUGUAGCCUUAUACAAUGUAAUCAAUAUAAAAGUCCGUCUAAUUCUUAGAGUGGUGUCUGCCCUGUAGAAUGUCAAAAAUAGUGACUGAAGAUUAAAAUGGUAGGGACAAAAAGUCUAUUUGUAGGUGUCUGUUUUUAGGUGGGUGUCCAUCUUUUGAGGUGUCCCUGAAGGGAGUGUCAGCAGUUUAUCCAUUUGAUUAAUUUUUAUAAUAUGUAGUUGCAGUGGUUCAUUUCCUUAACUUGUAGACAGAUUGUAUUAUAGAAGCUCUGGCCAAUCCUGAGAGAGAAAGAUUAAAACAUGAAGACACAAAUAUCUCUGAGUGGUUAAAAAGUAUGCAGUAAACUGUGAAUUAUCUGUUGAUGCUACAAUCUAUACUGUUAACUUAUGAAUAAUAAUUAACAAUUAUUGGACGAGGAUUAGCAAAAUAUUGUGAUUUGUCAGUGGCAAGCAGAUCAAUUAUUUGCCAAAGCCAAAGGCUGAGGCAAAUUAUUGAUCUGUGAGACAGUGACAAAUCACAAUAUUUUGUGAUGACCGAGUUCAAUAAUUGUGUUAUCAUUAGAUCAACAAGUUUGUUUUUUAAACUCUCAAAGGUCAGUGAAGCGAUCUGCCAUUUUUACCUCAGAGCGAUCGCAAGAAGGAUAAAAGCAGAAUAUUAUUAGUAGCCAAACACAGUUGGACGACAUUGCUCAUGAGCAGAUCAUUAUUUGUAGGCAGUUAUUUACAGGUCACGUGGUGGAAGCCCGUUGCUCUAAACAUGUAAAACCUAGGGUAUCCAGUAUAUGAUUGUGUGAAAGAAGGAAGAUUUUCUAGUUGCCCAAGAGCAAAAGUUAGGCGCCAGAGGCCACCGGGCUCUGAUAGGACACUGGCCUGCAUGUUCAUGGUAGCCCGUGAAAAUCCCUGGGUGUCUGCCCUUGACAACAGCCUUGUGUAACAGUUGUUAACACCAGAAAGGUUGAAAACAUUACGGAGAAUUUCAAGCUUCUUAUUUUACCUCCACUAAUUACUUCUCUGCACAUUGUUCUCCAGGUUUAGCAGUAUUUUGUGGCACUGUUUUCCGCAAGUACUCCAUCGAACUGACGGGUCUCCUGCAGUAUGUUGCCAAUCAACUCAAGGCAGGGAAGAGUUUUGAUUUGCUGGUACUAAAAGAGGUGGUGCAGAAAAUGUCAGGGAUUGAGAUUUCAGAAGAAGUUACAGCCGCUCAGCUAGAAGCUCUCUCAGGAGGAGAGUUACUUAGAGCCGAGGUAAUUAAACAAAUUAAUCUAUGCUUAUUAAAGUUGAUUGACUCAAACUGAUUCCAACUUAUGACUCUCCACAAAUUCCGUGGUAUUUUGUUGAACCAAGAAAAGGGGAAUGUAAGAAAUGCCUUAAAUGUCGCUCAGUCUAAUGUUAAAACACCUUACAUACAAAAAUAAAUGCACUUUUUUGAGUGCCAAUGUUUUUAGCUGAAAGUGCUAAUUAAAGAUGUUGUUUUGGUGUCUCUGGAUGGAUGUGGGACAGCCAUAUCCAUAUUGUCACUGAGGCAGUACCACAAAUCCUCUAUUAAGCUCGAGUCUAGGGGCUUAUUUAUUUCAAACACUUUUGAGGGGAGCUUAAUAGAGACUGGGGGCUCAUUUGAUUUAGCAAAAACGUUGGUAUCAGUUGUCCAUAAAGAACUAGAACGCAAAGCGGAAAACCUCAAGUACCUCAAGUAGUUGGAGGUCAUGCAGCCACGGAAAAAAAAAAAAAAACAAAUCCAAACUUCCAUUGGUGAAUAAACCAUCAAAAUAAACCUAGAUCAGUCCACACAAAGUUUUACAAUCGUGAUUGAUUAAUGCAGUCUGUCAUUCAUUAGUGGAUAACAAUAAUAAGGGGGAGGGGAGGGGGGCUUAUUAACUUCUUCCCCUGAUAAGGGAGAGCGUAUUAGAGACGUGGGGCUUAUUUGAGAAUCUCCUGACUUGGUCAAGGCAAACAGAAGGCAUUUGUUUUGUACUAAAAGCUCUCUUCCAAGUAGCUUUUCAAUCAUUGUAAUUGCUCAUUUAUCCCUUUGUAGGGUGGAUAUUUUGGACAGAUUAGAAACACGAAAAAAUCUUCACAGAGACUGCGUGACACACUGCUAGAAGGAAAGCUGGACCUACCACUCUGCUUGUUAAUGGCGCAACAGCGAAAUGGCAUUGUGUUCUAUGAAAAUGCUGACAGACAUUUGAAGCUUGUAGGAAAGCUUUAUGAUCAGGUAUACACAUGCAGUGUUUUCUAUAUCACUAAAGUACAAUACUUACUUUUCUACCUGAUUUCCAAUACUGAUUAAGCAGUCAUGUCCUUUGCAUUUUCUCUAUGAAGUAUCAAUGAGCAUGUUGUAAAGAAAGUCAGUUUUACAGCUUGCCAGCUUGGCAAGCUCUAGCUACCAUCUACCAUCUACCAUUUAUUUGCCUCCAUCACAAUAACUGAUGAUUCUUGCAAAUUGGCCAGCGGUCGAUGUAUAUAUAAAUAAAUAGAUAAAAGUAAUAAAUAAUAUUAUAAAUUAAAUCAAAGGUAGUUUGUAAAUGCCAUCGAAGAAGGGGCAUUUACUGUUUCAUUGGGUAAAACGUUCUGCUCUAUUAUUGUUCUUGGGAGGUAGGAGAAUUUAUAAUAAUCAGUGAAAGCGAAUGGGACCUCAUAAACUUGGUUGUUGACAUGACGGCUAACUCGACCCAGCGGCUUCAGGCAUUUGAACUAUCCCAAAAGUCAUUUUAAACAGCCCCCCACCCCCCAUUACCUUUUACUGAGCAGGAUUGAUAACAGUUCUUCUGUUAUUUGAAUUCCCCAACAAACUUUACUGCAGGCAACUCUAAGAUGGACAUCUUCCACCUUGAGAUGGGCGUUAAAUAUAAGAGUCCGUCUUAGAGAGAUGUCUGUCUUAUAGAGAGUCAAAUAAAGGGAGUAAAGAAAGGCAGGAACGAGCUUUUAGGUGUCCCUUUUAUAGAGGCGUCUGUUUAGAGAGACUUGACUGUAGCUCCAUAAAAAAUCCACUAGCCCAGGGCUAUUGGGCACCACUUUCUUCACACACUGAUGAGUUUGAAAACCCCCAGCUCCCUGAAAACUGUUAUAAGGAUCAUUCAUAAUCACAGCAACUUGCUUUAUUUUUCUGCAGUGCCAAGAUACCCUUGUACAGUUUGGAGGGUUCCUUGCUUCUCAGCUAACAGCUGAAGAGUAUGAUUCACACAUUCCCUCUCUGGAUGUUCUAGGCCAGUCUUAUCACUUGACCCCCGAUGCUGCGUUUUUUCUUUCAAGGCCUAUGUUUGUCCAUCAGAUUGAGGUUUGUUCUUAUGUUACCUUCAUCAGACUAUCAGUUCACUACCGUAAAAUUCCGAAAACGGCUUGAACUUUGUUUACUUUUACUUGGAAAAGUCCAAUAAGACAAAGCUUUCAACCGGAUUUUGAAAGCAAAUCUCCCUUUUUCCUUCCGAAUAUAAGCCCCUCAAAAAAGGCCCCUCAAAAGGGUGAAAAAAUUCACUUAUUUUGGCUAUUUUCCGUCUUGGAGGGCGAGCGCUAGCCUGAAAAAACAGCCGACAUUGCUCGACGCCACCUCUGGUUUCCCCGCGAAAUAACGUCUGAGAAAAAACUGCAGAAAUUUCACAUUGAUUACGCGUCACUACCCAGAACCGGGAUAGUGACGCGUCAUCAGAAUGGAAUAAUAAUUAUUUCUACGCUCGUUUCUCUUACGUCAUUUCGCUGGGAAACGAGCAAUGACGUCGCGAAAUGUUGGUGGAUUUUUCAGGCUAGUCGAGAGCCUGUCCAAAAAGCGGGCUGGUUUCUCUUUAAACUCCUUGAAAGAAAAAGAUGAAAAAGCAGCUCGUUAAAAGGGAAAUCAUUGUCAACAUCCCCAAAUAACUAUGAUCAAAAAGUUUGGAUUUCACCUACCAGAACUUUGCAGUACUUUUUCUUAUUACUAUUGCAAAACACAGUCCGUACCUGAGAGCAUUGAAAAUUGUUUUAUUUUCAAUCCCCUUUCCUUGUUUCUUUGUCCGUCGGUAUCCUGUUCUCCUUGGUGUUUUUGUUUAAUUGUUGUGUUAUUGUUAUUCCAGACAAAGUACGAGGAAGCCAAGAAGGCCAUUGCUGCUAAAGGAAAACCUCUCCAACAGAAGGUAAGUCUUCCCUCCACCUGCCACCUUCCUCGCGGGUGUGCGAUUUUCACGCUUGCUCGCGUAUUCGCUGGCCCUGAUGAAAUUGAGGGACUACUCGUAGUCUGACUCUACAAAAAAUCCUCUCUUCCCUCCGCGUCUCACUUUCCUCGCGUGUGGAAAUUUUCACGCGCGCUCGCGUAUUCGCUCGCCCCGAUGUAACUCACAUUUCUUCAUUUUAUUGCUUUCAGCAAAUCUUGCAGUGCUACAUUGAUGCAGUGAUUUUAGUCAUGGAGCCCGUAUUCCAGAGUGCUAGGACGAUUAUGGCACCCAAAAUUUGGAACAGCAUAAGGUGCGGAUGACAUGGAAGGUUUCUUGUUUGCUUGUUUCUGUUUUCAUCCAUGAAACUAGUGUUUUGUGUGGGUUUCUUGUCAUUUUUGUCAUUAUGACUAACCGUUGAGUGUUAUAGAAAUUCAUACGUUUUUUAUCCGUUUUUAGUCCUCAGUUGUACGUGACCUUCUGGGCGUUGUCCAUGUACGAUCUCUAUGUCCCACUGGAAAGAUAUGAUCAAGAACUGACUAAAUUAAAACAACAGUUGGCACAGCUGGAUGACAAUAAGGACAUGGUAUGUUAUGUUAACGGGUCGUUUCGCCCGAGAGUCGAUUCACCCGAAGUUGUUUCGCCCAUACGUAAGUCUAUUCGCCCUGUUGUUCUUAAAGCCUGAAAAAAGUCCGUGAAAAGACGUGUGGAUCAAUUUUUUCCAGUGAAAACUUCACACAAAUUAUAUCAAAGAUCGACACGAUCGCUGCGGUACAUGCAGACUUUAUGUACAGGGCUGCCCAUGUACACUCUUUUAGUAUCUCGAAUGUCAUUAUCGAGAUCGCUGGAUCUUUCUUAAUAAGCCUUGUUGCAGACUAUUGUUUGCCAUCGGGCGAAUCGACUUACGUCCAGGCGAAACAACUUUGUGCGAAUCGAUUUUCGGGCGAAACGAACAACCUAGUUGAAUUCAUAUAAAACAUAAUUAUUAUACUGAAAGAAUCACUGUCAACAAUAUUUUAAAGUCUGGAAAAUUCCCAUAGCGCAAUUAAACAAGUUGCUUUCUGUUACAAUCAUUUUAUUUUUCAGCCUGUAAGCAAAAAGAAGAAGGAGAAAGAAAGAUGUUCUCUUUUAUUUGAAAAAUUGAAAGAGGAAUUAAAACAACAAGAGGACCAUAACCAGAGGGUAAUGGCGUCAUUGAAGCAUGAGAGAGACUCGUGGCUUCCAGCGAGUAAGUUGCUCAUACCGUCAGAUUUCCUUGGACAAGCGCCCGCGCUCUAAUAGUUGCCCUUUCCUAAAUAAGCGCUAACCCAAACGAUUCCAGAAAUCGUUGGGGCUGAAGCUUGUACCCCUGAUUCCCCUUGUAGUUUCUGGACUGGAGAAUUGCUUAAUGUGAUUUGUUUGUUAAUUUUUGUGUUUCAGAAGCGACCAAAAGUGAAACCAUCACACAGUUUCUUCAGCUUUGCAUGUUUCCCAGAUGCGUGUUCACAGCCAGUGAUGCUGUAUACUGCGCAAAAUUUGUUCACAUGCUGCACAACCUUAAAACACCAAACUUCUCAACGCUCCUCUGCUUUGAUCGAGUAAGUCACAUGGCGACUAAAAUUUCCUUGGAAAAAUAAGGGAGACCGUUAGAUUCGAGGACGAGGCCGGCGAUUAAACUUAAAGUUUUUACGCGUACUCUAAAAAAAUAUUCUCCCUGGAAAACUUCAUUUUACUUCAAUUUUUCAACAGAAAAGCUUAUACGGUUCGUUUUACUGAAGCAGUUAAGCCCUCUCCCGAUCUCAAAUGAUGAAACUUUUAACAUUAGAUAACUAGUUUCCGCCACUACGACAUUCUCGCUAAAACUCAUAGUAGAUGACGGCCACCACAUUUUCCCGUCAAAAUGGUGCUGGUUCACGCGCGUGUUCUACUUAAUGCUGAAAAAAUCUCGUCAGUAGUUGGCCUCGUCUUAAAAUCUAAUAUUCUCCUGAACAGAACCAAGCGUUACCAGUGCUGAUUAGUUUUCGCGGACUUCCUUGAUUAUUUGAUCCAGUAGAUUAAUUGUUUAAUCAGUCAUUCAAUCAACCAAUCAUACUUGAUGACCAAUUAACCUUCCUGGUAGAGGCAUACUUUUUAGAAGCUAUAAACUUGACAAUAUUUUGAGUUAAUAUGGGUAUUUUGGAACGCACAAAGUCUUGGUUUUGAAAGAAAACCCAAAAUGCUAGUUUGGUAAGAUAGAAGAACACCAAGCCAAGUUAUCAUUAAAUCUAACGGAUCAUGAUUAGUUAAGACGUAGAAACACAGUCGUAGUUACGUAACCGUAAUUCAUGACAUGUUGGAGCUGAAAUGCGCAGUACAUUGUACGUUCACUGAUGAAGGAAAAAGAAAACAAUUUUGGACUUUACUUGCAAACUCCCCAUGUCUUCACUGAGAAAUGUUAAGUAACAUGUUUGUUUUGUGUCACAAGGUAUUUUCAGACAUUUCCUACACAGUAGCAAGCUGUACAGAAAACGAAGCCAGUAGAUAUGGUAAGCUGUGUUUUGCAUCAGUGAUCGUGUUUCCAGUGGGACACGCAAGGUCCUGACAGAGUGACCUAUUGAUUUCUUGUUUUCGUUCACUUUGUAGGUCGCUUUUUGUGUUCGAUGCUUGAGAUCGUGAUGAGAUGGCAUGGCGAUAAGAAGACUUACGAGAAGGUAAGUAACACGACAAAAAGAAAUAAAACCGCGUAACCUGAGUGGCAGGCGUUUCUGGGGGAAAAUGGCGAAGAGAGAAGCGAAAAGGGAAGACAGCGAGGCGGGGGGACAUCCUUUCUCUCUCCACCCCUCCCCCCUCCGCCCACUAAAAUCACCUCUCUCCUAACCCCUAAGGAGGCCCUGAUACUCAGUGUUAAUACAACGUUAUCUGGUUAAAAAUUGUCAAGGUUUUGAAACGUGAGAGCUUGUUUUAUCAAGGGUAAGUAGUAGAAAAUUACGAAGAGCACGAUGUAAAAAGAAAAAACUGGAUCAAACUUUAGCUAACCAAGUCUUGUCCUUUAGCGCAUAUGUCAAAGACGUAAGCUGAGCACAGUAAAACCAGAAUGUAUUUUUUUUCGGGGAUAGUAAGUUCCUGGUCUGCGUAGAAAGUGUUUUUACCUCGGCGCGACAAAAACUUUGCUACAUCUGUGACUGCUUUUUCAAUUCAUUUUUUUUUUAAUUUACUAGGUAAUCGUCUUGCUGUUAUCUUUUUAUUCGUACCUUCGUCGUAAAGUUGGUAUUUUACUAAAAUGUAAAAAAUGGAAGUUAAUUGAAAGCUAAGCAGUAUUUAGCCACCUGUAACAUUUGCUGAAAAUGUCGUUUCUUGGAAUUGCCACGUUGCAACUUACAUAAGUGAAUGAUUAAAAUAAACUUUUUGCAUACACAGACUAGCAAUGAAUUUAAAUAUGGCCGUUUAUAGCUAAUCUUCUAAACACUCCUUUUUAUUAUUUUUUUUUUUAACAGGAAUGUGGUAGUUACCCCGGAUUUGUGACCGUUUUGAGGGCCACAAACAACGAUAAAGCAGACCAUUUAGACUACGAGAAUUACAGGCAUGUCUGUCACAAGUGGCAGUACAAAACUUAACCCUCCAAGGUAACAGUCCUCCUUUUUUCAACAAUUUGCCACGGUAACCUUGGGGACAAAAACCCUAAUUUAUUGGUCGUUAAGGAGAUGAUUAAAAUGUUGGAAAAUUGGAAAACAUUGAAUUUAAGGGUUGUUAAAAAUUAAAAUAUGAAGAGAAUAAAAUAUUAGACAAAUACAACCACCAACACAACAAGGUGCCUCUGAUUUCAUUAGCCGACUAAGUGGUUUAUGUGUAUACCUUUUCACCUAAGAUGAUAGAUGAACAUCAUUCGCCCCCCCCCCCACAAAAAAAAAUACAACAACAACCAGAUCGUUCAAUACUUGGCGAUACGAACUGAUCUGUCAAUCUUUGUUUUGAAUGGCACAGAAGACAUUUUGUUGUAUUAUCUAUUUUUUGUUGUUGUCGCAGGCUCUUGUAGUGUGCUUGGAAUCAAAGGAUUAUACUCAGAUCCGAAAUACAAUUAUGGUGUUAACGAAGGUAUGUCUCCAGCCAUGUUUUUAGCUUGUCUCGUACGUCAAAAUUCUGAAAAGCGUACGCUAACUCUCUCUCGUCUUUCCAUGCCCUGGAGUGAAGGAAAAAAGUCGUCCUGAAAAUCCAGUUCACACUUUUGUUAGUGUAAACUAGCCCGUGUCCGUUAACUUAUCCGUCCCGUUUACACUACACCAUUUAUUUUCAGAGUUGGUGUGUUUUAUCUUCUGUAAAAGUGCAAAGGGCGAAAAAAUAAACACGAGGUGAUAUUUUGGGUUUAUGAGUGCGUGUUGAGUUUGCUUCAGGUCAGCGUUUUAUUUGCGCGUGCGCUGUUAUGCGAGAUGCGCAACAUUUCUUCAAAAGGCACUUGUUCUGGCUGUUUAUUUUUAAUUUUGUUCUAUUUGUAGAUUUUACCGUUUUAUCCAAAAGUUUUAAAUCUCGGGCAAGCUUUGGAAAGAAGAAUCGACAAAAUCUGUGAGGAGGAGAAAGAGAAGCGGCAGGAUAUUUAUACUCUCGCUGUGGGGUAAGAAAAGUCACACAUGUAGACAGUUGUUUGUACUUAAUAUGACCCUUUCCCUAGGGGUAAAGCCUAUUAGCUGGGGAAUAUAGAAUUUAUGAAGGAAGUAUCCAUGGAAACGUCAAAAUGUUUAAAGGAUGCGACCAUGACAGCUAACAAGAUGCUAACCAAUCAGUAGAGUGGCUUCGACUUUGGCAAAUUUUCCCGCGUAAAAGACCCACCGCACGCAACCGAGAGCGCGGGAAAAAAUUUGAGUGUGACCGCUUUUUUUUUCGGAAUCUACGUGUAAUUUCAGCUACGGUGAAAUUAAAAAAAUCUUAAGCUUGAUUUAUUCUUGUUUAAUUUUAGGUAUGCCGGUCGUUUGAAAGCGAAAAAGCGAGAGAUGGUCGUUGAGAGCGACUUUCACCAUAAAGAAAAGGUAUUGAAUCAUAAGUUGUCACAAAUAAACUUUUUCACGCGUGGCGACUUGUAAUAUUUUUGUAACUUUUGAGUCUGACUGUGGAUGAAAUCCUAUGGUUUGACCAUUCAAACGAAGCCUCUUCAGCAGUAGUUGCACAUGGUACUAUUUGUUUUGUACAGAGUUCUAACUUUUGAGUCUGCUGAUGAAUUCCUAUGGUUUGACCGUUCAAAUGAAACCUCUUCAGCAGUAUUUUCACAUGAUACUUGUUUUGUCUGUAGUUCCAACUUUUGAGUCUGUGGAUGAAAUCCUAUGGUAUGAUCAUUCAAAUGAAACCUCUUCAGCAGUUCGUUCACAUGAAACCAUUUGUCUUUUAGUAUUGUACAGAAAAAAAUGUGGAAAUUUUUCCUGGUUCUUUUUUCAAUUUGGUCACUAUUGAAGAGUGGAAGGGCUAGUCUUAGAGUGCAACACAUAAGUAAACUAAAAAAGAACGCUAUAAAAUUGCCGGGUUACUUUACUCUUUGUUGUUCCCCUCAAACAAAUUUGAAAAUGAAUUCUUUUUGGGUCCAUUUGUUAAAAUUUUGAUUUUUUUUGGCAGCCCCCUGCAGCUGCUCCUCCACCUUCAAGCCAAACUGAUUCUGUCGCCGUUAAACAAGAAAAAACGGUAAGUUUUAAGACGAAAUUCGCGCCGUUUAUUUUUCGUCAUUAUUUAGGGUGGAAGCGAUGUGAUGGCAUUACAUUUCAAAAAUGAUGGGUAGCAGUGUUGAUCAAAAUAAUUUUCGCAUUCAGAUAGUGGAGGGUGACGCGAAAUAGAGAGCGGAGUGGAAAAAAGCGCUGUUAUUUCCUUCUAACUUUUGUUUCCGCUGUCCCACUAUCUAAAGUUAAAACCCCUACAAAAGGCUAUCAUUAUCGUGACUUAAGUGGGCUUAUUAAAACUUAUGUUUUUGUGUAUUGUCUUGGGUGAAAAAGAGGCUAUUAAUUAGUGAGAACGAACAUGCUAUACUUAGAUUGCCAAUCAAAUUGUAAUGUCUAAUGCUUUGUUUUAGGAAACACAGCCAAAUUCUUCCGUAAACACGGAGUCUACAAGUAAGUUAGUUUAAUAUUGUAAGUAUUUAAGUAGAAAAGUCUAGAAUUUUGGUUGAACGAAGACCACACUCUUAGCACAACUAAAACAACAUUACCACUUUAUGAAACAGUCAGUGUAACAAAACAGAAGUGGAAUACAACACAGUAAUAUGUGAAAGUUCUCCACACAUCAUUUUGGGUAAUGAGAUCACUUCAUGGUCUACGAGUUUGCAAACCAAAAUCAUGUUCAAUUUUUAUUUUUGUAGAGAGUGUGAAGAAUGAUUCGGAUGUGAAACCCAAGACAACAGGUUUGAAGAUUUUGUUUGCUUGAACUGUCAUUAACAAAAACAAGUUAGAGUAAUUUAGAUUGGUGUAAUGUCUCGGAAGGCACACCCUGCGAGGAGAGCCUGGUCCGAAACUGUAUCUUAGCAACAAGCAGCGCAUGCUCAACAAAGAUCUUAAUAUAGAAUGAAGAUGACGUGAACUGCGGAAAUACAAAUUUAAAUGAAGAUAUGUUCGUCCAGUUGGUAAUUGCAAUUUAAGCAAUUGCAAAUUAACCCGAAAAAAUUUCGGGACUUCAACGGGAUUCGAAACCAUGGCCUCUGCGUUAUAUCUUAAUCGUCGAUUCAUGCAGAGUCGUUCUCGAGUACGCCGAAAUUGAGCAAGCGCAGGAAAAGCUCUGCUGGCAGGGCCAGGAAGGCACAACUGAAGAAAGCUUUAUUGCUGUGUUAGAACGUAGGAGAAAUGAUUUAUUACCUUGUAUUUUUAGUGACAAUCAAGAAAGAGCAGGAUGGUUCAAAAUCCUCCAGGUAUGUAUUGUACUGUCUUAGCCUGAGAAAACAGCUGACGUUUCGCUAUGUCACCACUGGUUUCCCCGCGAAAUGACGUCUGAGAAACGAGUGCAGAAAUUCCAUACUGAUGACGCGUCACUACCUGUUCCCAGAUCUAAGUAGUGCUUCUGAUUGGUCGUGCCGCGUGGGAAAUUUGCUUCAACCAAUCAGAAGCACUCCCCAGAUCUGGGUUGUGACGCGUCAUCAGUAUGGAAUUUUCUCAGACGUCAUUUCGAGGGUAACCAACCAUUUUUCUUAUUAGAGAGAUUUAGGAGAUUUAGAGUCACGUCUACGGCAAACGUAAGAUUAAAGUUGAAAAUUUUGAGGGUAACCAACCAUUCUUAUUUUCCAGUCCUAGCUCGACCAAAAGCGAAGGUGUUUCUUCGUCUCAGGAAAAGACCGCUAGCAAAUCCAGUACAGGGUCAUCCGGUAGCAAACCAUCCGGCACCAGUACCCCUAGCGGUACAUCCUCUUCACGGUCAGGUGCGAACGCUGAGUCGCCAAGCAGGAACGCAGCUGGAAACAAGUAAGAUGGUUUUAUUAAACAAAAGCGGGGAAACUCAGUUAAAUUGCAUCUUAUUUACCCUCUAAACAGCAUCCUUUCUUUGCGCUUUCCUUCUGAGAGACUAUUAAACGUCUUAAACUCCAGUAAACGAUGAUUUCAAAUCGCAUUUUGAUCUCAUUUCAGAUCUUUAAACACAAGCGGUAGCUCCAGCCAGCAGGCGUCUAGGACAUCCGCAACUAAUGCGACCUCUAAGGGAACAAAAACUCCAACGAACGUCAAAACAGAAGGGACCACUAAUGGAAAUGAUGUUUCUGUCAGCAAAAAAUCGGACAGUAGGUGUGUGAGUCACGUAUUGUAAUAGCAAAGAGCAUUGGAAGAUGCUUUUGUCUUGUCUUGGCUAUCGACUGCAAAACCCGCAACCACACUUGUUAGACAUUGCACGUGCUAAUGUAGCACACGUAAAUUUUCUGCUAUUGCCCUUGCUGUAAACGAUAAAAAUUAGGGAAAAAAGAUUAUUUUUCCUCGAAUGUAACGUUUUCAGUCACACCAAUGAAGAUUAAGCCUUACCAUGGAAAUAUCUUUCUUUGUCAACAAGAGAAUAAACAAGUGGAGUAAACCGCUUUUUUCUUUGCAUUUCUCUUAAAAUAUUUGACAGUAAACAAAAGAAUAAAGAAAAGGAGAAAGACAAGGAACAGAACGACAAACCCAAGGAAAAGGUAAAGAGCGAAAAAGCGGAGAAAGUAAAAGAACCGAAAACGAAGGACAAAGAGAAGGAACGAAGUAAAAGUAAGGAGAAAGAAGUGAAGGAUAAAGUGAAAGAGCGAGUCAAGGAGAAGGAUAGAGAAAGGUCUGGCAGUAAAAGUAAACAUUCUUCGCCUUCAGUGCCCGAGUCACCUAGAGAUGGCGAAUUCGAGAAAGGUACUGCUCUUAAAGCUGCAUUAAGCGGUUGUUUAGUGUCACCAAACGUAUGAUUGCAAUAGCAAAAUUUCGCGCCACUUGCAACCAGUCACGAUUGAAACCAAAACCAAUCAUGUCUUGCGGCCGGCACACGUUUUCCCGCCCUUGGCUUUGGGUUGCCUGAAACAUCUGUAUUCAAUUUCUGAUUGGUUUACUGGUUUCUCUGCGUUUCUCUGAUUGGCUAGAGUAAUAACCUUGAACUGAAAAAGCGUUUUGUUAUGUUCAUGUUUAUCCUCGGGCUUUCACUUUUUGUUCUGGUCUCCUCCUCCACGUUUUCUUCAGUAUUCCAGCUAGGCUUUAUUCAGCCAGCAAAACAAGUUUGAAUAACACUCAAAUCACUCAAAUACUGCUUCUUGCUCGCAAAACUGAAUCCGAAUUCGAGUCUUGCCUUACGAGACCGAAUCCGAAAUUCUUUUGGCUUUCAAAGAUUUGUCUUUCUUAGAAGUAAUUUAACUGGAGAACUCUCAGAAAUCUUGAGCCAUCUUUUCAAGCAAUUUAGUUGCGUAUUUCCAUCUUUCGUAUAUUGAGGUGCAUCAAUAGAGGUGACUGCCUGAAUAAUGCAGUAGAUAAUUGUUUAAUUCUACUCUUUUUGUCUCCAAUUUUUUCUCAGAGGCGAAGCGCCGCAGACUCGAAGGAAUGUCUUCUCCUUCUUCUCAGGUGUGUCUCACUAGUCAGUCUUUUUAAAAUGCAUGUUCACGUGAAAAGUCCUAAUUAGAAUAACAUAAAAGGUACUCAUUGAAAAUUAUCGGCCUCCUUUCACUCUUCGGUAACUCUCGGAUAUUCUUGUCCAAAAACGUGAUGUUGACGGCGAAGCUUCCAAAGGAACGUGUGCCAAACGUUUCUGUUAAUAUGGUUUUGCAAGUCAUAAUAAAAUGGUUUCAGUUUUUUGUUGAAUUAUAAUAUGUGCGACAUGCUACAAGAAGUUGCUCCGAAGAAAAGUCUUUCCCGUACUCACUUAAAGUAUUAGUAAUCGUCUCUUCUCGCUAAGAUAUGUAGGGGGAAAAGUGCUGUGAUUCUGUAUGGAAAGUACUCUAGAGAUUAUUGCUUUUUCGCUGAUCGACAAAUUUACAGAGGGACUACUUGACUGAAUUGCUUGAGAAUGCUGUAAAUAUUACAAUGUCAUUUUUUUUUUGUUUUUGCAGGAGAGCUCUCCAGCGCGGCUGGGGGGCGGCCACGAGUCUGACUCGUUUAAAGUAAGUGUUCCGGUUGACUAGGCUAAUGAAAUUCUUUUGCAAUUAAGGUACAUAUUUCACACAAAAUGUAUUGUUAAUCGCGAUUACUGAUGCUGAACUCCUUGUAUUCAUGGCGUCCUCGAAUUGUUUUAUCAUAUCACUUCUGUAGUUAUCUUAAUUUACUGACUUUGCUGAAUUUUCUAGCCGCCAUGUUGGAAGUUGACUAUGAAGUCGAUUCCUCUGGGUUAAUCUUUAUUUGUUCUGCACUCAUUUUAACUGCAAACAUGACGGUGGAAUUAAAGGCGCGGUCUCCGUACAGCCUCGACCCGUAACAAUCGUCGAUAGGGGUGGGAGAUUUUCUUCCCCUCCUCCUGCCCCUUAAGCGACUGCCACGCAGGCUACCUGGCUUGGUAGAGUGAUCCCCAGUUUUUGAGUUGUCUUCAGUAUGGAUGUCGAACAUCAUAUCAAGCUAGUUUCAUGUAAAUCAUUUACAAGUUACCACGUUUGCAGGUAGUUUAUUUUGUUUAUUUGUUUGUUUGUUUUUUUUUUCACAUUUUAGAGUCCCGAAUCUCAGGAAAGAAAAUCGAAAGUUUUGGAAUAUGAAAAGGAAAAGACGUCAAAAUCAGACAGAAAACGGGUAUGUUUUGCUCUCAUAUACUAUCUGCCUCUUAAUCAUUUCGCAUUCUCUCCAUGUAAUUUUUCGUAAUAAUAUCCUUGCAUCACUUUUUAACUUCCAAAAGUGAUCUGCGUGUAACUUCUCCUUGUAAUAUCAAUACAUUGUCCGGCAGACAGAUGAUGAGAAUAGGCAAAUGUAUCAGCUAAAAGAUGUUAUCUUGAUACAACUCCAACUUCUCUUGAAUAAUUUACAAGGAAAUUAUAGGCAGCUGGAAAGGAGAAUUACUAGCAAGAUCUUGGGAGUAAAAGGCUAAAUCAAUCGUAACGCGGUCAUGGGCUCAAAGGAAAUGAUCCUCAAGUAGCAAAGUGCUUGAUUUUUUAAGGAACUUCCACCUCAUUAGCUUCAUCUUCUCUUUUUUGACUGUCUCCUCUUUUAUUGUAGUCGUCGUUAGAACCCGCUGAAGGCAAAGAAGCUAAAAGACGAAAAGAGGACGGAGAUGCCAUUGUUGUUUCCAAGACGUCAAACUCGCACGGUUCUGAAAAUAAAGUCAAAGUCAAGAGCGAGGUGGGCAGAAUUCACAAGUUUAUGUAUGUUACUGUUAAACUACCAUUGGAGCGCUUCUGGUGGGCGUUACCCUAAUACAGACGUCCUCUCGCAGUCAUAGAAGACGCGUGUCUUUUGUUUGCUCUGAUAUUGGAGGAAAAAGUUUUCUCUUCUGCGUGGUAAAAAGAUGUGCAAAAUUUCUGUAAAAAAUGCUAGUGUAAUUCAGGCUUAGGUUAGUUUUUGUUCUUGUCAAAGAGUACCUAGAUUGAACAAAGUUUGUGAAUCUGCUCAAUCGUUCCAUGUCGUGUUUGGUCAACAGUGAUAUUAAUAGCGACCAAAGCCUUUCCUUAAUGUGAAAAAUGAUAUAUAUCCGCUCUGGAUUACCUUAAACUUAGGCAGCAAUUGUCAAUAAAGUAAUCUUAGAUAAAGAAGAACAGAAUAUGGGACUCAAGUUAAAUUUGGCCGUUAAGUUUUAUUUUAUUAACAUUUAAAAUAGUUUUAGGUGUAAAAAAGUGAUAUCGUUUGUGACACUGAUAUCGAUGUUCUAGGCUGGGAUACAAAUGAAAUUGCAUAUUUCUUACGUUUAAAUACAGGAUAAACCAAAGGUAAAACUUGUACGAAAAACAGCAUCAGAUGCUUCCCCUCCAGUGAAAAAAGAGAAGGACAAGGACAAAGAAAAGGAAGUCAAAACCUCGAGUAAAAAG